GGCACGACACGAGUGAGUGUGGUCUUGGACUGAUUUGUUUUGUUUAACUAAAAACGGAUGGAUCAUCUCUGCGCUGCUGAGACGGAGAGCAUAUCCAUUCUCUUCGAGCUCCCCUCGGCCGGAUCCGGCGCCCGGGAAAAACAAUUGUUUGCCUAGGGUCAAUGAAGCAGGAACGGGACGGAUAGGCUCAAACAACAGCAACAACCCUCCUCCCUGACCUCCUCUCCGUACUCGACUCCAUCCCCGGCGGCCGCCAAGAGCAAGCUUCUCAUCUCCUCCGACCAUCGUCUCCGGCUCCGGUCCUCCGACACCGCACCGCCCUUCCAUUACAUGGCAGCCGACGUCCCCAUUGCCAACCCUACUACCCCUCAGCAAUCGUAGUUGAUUGGGUGCUUUGGAGCUGCAGAUCCAGAGCACGUUGCGGCAGUUGACUGCUCGUGGAGACGCAGAACUGGGAGUUUUAAAGCAUCAAACGGCUUUCCCUUGCGUCUUCUUAGCUGUAACUUGUAAAAACAAGCUGGGUUUUCUUGAAGAGCUAUGGAGACUAAUAAUUUCAAGAGUAGACGAGGAGCAAUGUUAUUUCCUCUCUGUCUCGCUGCAAUGAUUUGCUUCAUGGCUCAGAUAGGAGCUGCCAAUGUUGUUCUAAUGGGGAAUAAUCUUACUUUGUCAUUCGACGAUAUUGAAGCAAACUUUGCUCCAGGAGUGAAAGGAUCUGGUGUUGAUGGUGUAGUUUAUACUGCUGAACCGUUGAAUGCUUGUAGUGCACUAACAAACAAGGCAGUCAAGGGUCCACCAUCUCCAUUCGCAUUGGUUAUUAGAGGUGGCUGCACAUUUGACGAGAAAGUGAAGAAUGUGCAGGAUGCUGGAUUCAAAGCUGCAAUCGUAUAUGACAACGAGAAUAGUGGGGUUCUGGUUUCAAGAAUUGUAACAGUGGCUGGAAGCUCAAGCGGUAUCCACAUAUAUGCCGUGUUCAUCUCUAAGGUCUCAGGGGAGGUUUUGAAGAAAUUUUCAGGCCGUACAGAUGUAGAGGUGUGGUUAAUACCCACAUUUGAGAACUCAGCCGGGUCGAUCAUGGCAAUUUCAUUCAUAUCACUGCUUGCCAUGUCUGCUGUUCUAGCUACUUGUUUCUUUGUGAGAAGACAUCGAAUAAGGCGGGACCGGCCUAGAAUUCCAGAAGCCCGAGAAUUCCAUGGAAUGAGCAGCCAAUUAGUUAAGGCACUGCCGAGCCUUAUUUUCACAAAGGUGCAAGAGGACAACUGCACAUCAUCAUUGUGUGCCAUUUGCUUGGAAGACUACAAUGUUGGAGAAAAACUAAGGGUGCUGCCUUGCCGCCACAAGUUCCAUGCGGCUUGUGUGGACAUGUGGCUCACAUCUUGGAGAUCAUUCUGUCCUGUAUGCAAGCGAGAUGCAGAUGCUGGAACGUCAGCCCCUCCUGCCUCGGAGACUACCCCGUUGCUUUCUUCUGCGGUUCAGUUACCCUCUCCAUCAUCUUCAUUCCGAUCAAGUGUUGCAGCAUCCCCUCCCAGACCAAUUAGCCGACGCCCUUCAUCGCAAUCUAUAUCUCGUGUCUACUCUGUUUCUGGUACCCCCAACUCUCCUAGCAUCCAAAGAUACUACAGAACUUCAUCUGCCAUGAGUAUAAGCAGAAGCGGUGCAGACCUUGCAAAUAUGUCUUCUCCCCUCCUCCGCGGCUCGCACCUUGGUUCCACACACUCUCUAGUUGGCAGCCACUUGUCUCCACCAAUCAACAUAAGUUAUGCACCACCACACAUGUACCAUUCCGCCCAUGCAUCACCCAGUACGCAUGUCAGUUCGUCCUAUAUCUUCAAUUCUGGGCACAGUUCUUCAGGCUACUAUCUUGGUUCGUCCACCCAACAUCGGUCGUACCUAAGGCGCUGCGGGGAGUCGGGGCCUAGCCUAUCUACCAUGGCCCCUCAAUCACCACAGCAACAGUCUCAGCUGCACCAUGGUGGCGAGUCAGAGACAAACCUAGCAGGCGCAUCGUCAGCUCAGUCCUUUCGGCAGUCCUACCUGAGACACUGUGGUGAUUCGGAUGCGAGCUUGUCUGCCAUGGCAUCGUCAGGCCAGUCGUUGCCGGGAUGUUGAUGACCUCAGCUCUCCUCAGCGCAUGCAAGAGAUGGUGACUCGUGAAUACAUUGAGGCAUGUAACAUAGGCAACAGCUUGCUUGAGAGAGUGAAAAUUGCACAGUUUUUGUUUGUGUGACAUUUUUAUGUUCUAGUGAUUGUGUUGGUGCUUAUGGGUGUACACCACAAGUAUACAGCAGCAUGAGGAAAGUAUAAGACAGUGCAGAGAGGGUAAUUCUGGAGGUGAUGCUUCUGAAGUCGUUAUGGUUAUGCAAGUGAAAUUCAUGCUACCUAGCAUUGGGUUUAGAUGCAUGAUUCCAUCUCAGUCUGAAACGAGAAAUGAAGCAAAAAGUUCUUUUCAUCUAAUUAA